GUGCCUCCCUUCCUCCUCCUGGGCCUCUCCUGCCCUCUCCUAGCAGUCUCCUCCUCCAUAUCCUUGCCUUGCUGUCUCCUGCUGACGUGUCUGCUUCUCUCUGCUCAUGCUCUCUCUCCCCUCCAUCCUCAGGACUCUGCCACCCUGCUGACAUGGCUGCAGCCAGACCCCACAUCUACCUGCUGCUCCUGUUGGCAGCACACAUGGCCCCUGGCAGCCUGACCCUGGACAGGAGGUUCUCGGAAUUGAAGCGGUGUGCUGACCCGGAGUGUAGCAUGCUGAUGGUCCGAGGUAAAGCCCUAAAAGAUUUCACAGGUCCAGACUGCCGAUUUGUGAAUUUUAAAAAGGACGAGUCAGUAUAUGUCUACUACAAAUUAAAUGGAAGAUCAACAGAUCUUUGGGCAGGAUCGGUAGGAUCUCAGUUUGGAUAUUUCCCUAAAGAUCUCAUCAACAUACAACAAGUUUACACUGAUAAAGACAUUGAGAUGCCAACAGAUGAUACAGAUUUUGUAUGCUUCGAUGGAGGGACAGAUAAUUUUGAUAAUUAUAAUGUUGAUGAACUUUUAAAUAAACCAAAAGAAAGCACACUGGGGGAAGAAGAAGAUUUAGAAAAUACAGCACAGCUGGGGCACCAGCCUACAUUAGCAAAACAGUUGGAGGAAAAAGAGAGAGCAAUUGUUAAACCAAAGGAGGAAGCAAGAGAAAAUCAGGAGAACAAACGUGAGGUAGAGGAGAGGACUGAUGAAAGUGACUCAUUAGCAAAGGAGAAUAAUAUAGUUCCUCUAUCAGAUAAACCUGAAGAAAGCACACUACCACCAACAGAUAAUGCUGAAAAAAGCACACUACCUCCCUCUGGGACAGAUGAAACUGUGGAGGACAUUUCUGUAAAGAUUGAUACACCAGUUGUAAAUAGUCAGUCUGAAAAUUCUCAGGAAGAAAAUGUUGCACUACAAAUCUCAGAAGAUGUUAUUUUUGAAAAACCACAAGUGCCAGAUGGUGAACAUGCUAAUAAUGGCAGCAUUACUCAGGGAGAAUCUACUGCACCUACUGAACAAAACGAACAGCUAGACGCCUAUACUCUUGUAGAUAAAGCUAGGCUUCAAGAACUUAAGACGAAUAUCGGCUCAUUAGAUGAUGCUAUUGUGUCUGAUGAUGAGGAAACCAGACAUGUAACCCAAGAGGAUAAAUACACCGAUGAAGACUUUGAGGACCAGAGUGAUUCACAAGAGGAAAGAAAAUUAACUGAAGAUUUGGAUCAACCUCCAUCGUUGCCCAAUGAAGAAACAGGUGCUAAGCCAGGGGUCUUGUUUGAAAAUGAAUCGAUUCCUCCACCUCAAUCAGAGGGAAAGCAAGUAACCCCGAACGAAGAGGUAAAUGCACGUGUGGACAUGGGACAUGCUACAACACUUGAAACAGAAAAGAAUAUACUCACUAGCUGGGGUGACACUUUCUUUGCCAUUGUCAGUGGUGGCGAACAUACAAAAGAAGUCACAGAUCUUGAUGGAACCGAUUCAGAAGAGGAGGCCGAAGAAGAUGAUAAUUUAGAAGAAGACCCCAGUUUAACAGAUGAUGACAACAUUUAUCUAAUUGACAUGGAUAAAGAUGGAGUUAAAGAAUAUAUAAAUGGUGAGCCUCUCACUGAUUUUAAAGAUUCCGUUGUGCCUGACUUAAAAGAUGUACAAGAAACCAUAUCAGAGUUUAAUAAUGGUGAAUCUAUGCAAAUAAAUACAAAGUCAGAUGUCACAACAAAUGCUCCAGCAGAUCAAGAGAUUAAUGUACCUACAAAUGACUCAACAUUGCCGACUAUCAAGAUCGGUAGUGACCCUGAGAUACAUGCAGAAAAGCAAGAGUCAUCCAUGCAACCCAUAGGUAUAUCAGAAGAAACUGGUAUUAAGGAUGAAACAUCCGUAAACAAUAUUGCUGAAAAGAAUUCCAAAUCUAGUAUUGGCGAGAACCAAGAAUCAAAAACACAUCAGUCUGGAAGUGAUUUGGAAACUGACAUAGAAACCAAAGAACAUGAUGUGGAGGAAGAAACACUUUCAGGAACAAAACUUACAGAUGAUGACCAGGUAUCUUUAAAGGCUCAAAAUAUAUCUGCAGUUGAAAUACCAGCAAUCCUGCAGGACUCACAACUGCAGUCUGUUGACACUGACACAAGAGAAGGUGUAGACGCUGGGGAAAUUAAUAUGAAACAUAAUUUUGCAGACACAGCAAUACUAGAUGAUGACAAAUCUGUAACUACUCUUACUACAGAGGAAGUAACAGCAGGAUCAGAUAAGUUGGACUUAAGUGAACUACUUGUAGAGAAAGAAGAUAAAGACACAGAACCAGUGAAGAAAGAUAUAGAACCGUUUGAUAAAGUAGUUUUAGAAUCUGUAAACGUUCCCUCAGAUCAGCUAGUAAUUGUUUCAGAGGUGUCAGAGUUAAAAGAGCUUCCUGUAGAAAAUGAGAAUAAUAAAAUAGAACCAUUGGAGGUGGUAGUAUCAGAAAAAGGCAAACCUAUGAUUGUAACACCUGCAGGUGAAACGCCUAGAGAUGUGAACAUGGCAAAAUCAGAAAAUGCAGGAGGCUCCAUGGAUAAAAUAUUUGGUCAAAAUGAUGCAGAUUCAACAACAAAAUCUAUGGAAAUUGAGAAAAGCAGUACUACUCAGACUGAGCAAAACAAAAUAGAAAAUAGUGACCAAAAUGUGAAACCUAAAGAUGUAGAAUAUUCACCUAAUUUAGAUAAUCUUGACAAUGUUGGACAACAAAUAAUUGUUCCCGAAAGUAGUGAAAAGCUAACUGAGCAUGGUAACAAGGAUAAAGAAUCAUCAAACCUGGAAUCUGGACCAAUUGAUGUGGAUGAUGAAGAUACAGAAGGUCUAGAUGCAGAGCAAGAGUUGCUAGAAGAUGAAAAUGCCAAGAAUGCUACACUAUCACAAAAGUUGAUGGAAAAUAGUGGCCAUGAUGUUCUAGGUACAGACAACAUCAGAAGGACAGAAGAAUCUACCAUUUCUGCCCAGGAACCUAAACCAGUAGAAGAAGAAAUGGAUAAAGAAACAAAGCUUGAAAAUGAAGGAGUCUCAUUCCAAAAAUCACCAACUGAAAAUGCCAAUAAAAAUACAGAAGAGCUUAUGCAUAAAACAGUGAGUCCAACACAAGAAAAUAUUAAGAAUAUUAGAGUACCAGAAGAAAGUAGUCAAGAUAAACUUUCAGAACAUCAUAUUGAUAAUCCAGAACAAAGUGAAACAGAUGAUGAAAAAAUACCUGAUGAUUCAUUGACUACAGGAAAUUAUAUCCAAGAAGAAACAUCCUACUAUGAAAGUAUAAAGGAACUUUCCAUUAUCAGGGAAUACUUGGAUGAAGAUCACGUAGAACAAUUUAGAAAAUACCUUAACUCUGAGAAUGUCUUCAGAGUAGAAGCCAUGUUCCAUGACAUGGAGGAUGAGCUGAAACGUGCUCGUCAGGAUAAUAUGCGUCAAGAUUACAUCGACAAGGCUUUGGAUCAGAUUUUGGAAGCCUCUGAAAAUAAUAUUCUUGACUUUGUUGAGCAAGUAUUAGACCAGAGGGAGGUAGAUGCUGAAGAAAUGGUUGCAGUGGAAAAGGACAUGUUUGAUGAAGAAGCUAUGCUGUUGGAAGAUAUCCAGGAAAUCGCAUAUAGACUGAGGCAAAAAUAUUCAACAUUGAGUGAAAGCUCUGUUCUUGCACACGGAGUGGUGGAUGAUCCAGAACCAAGUGUAAAUAUUGCGGAAAAAGAUAAGCAUUUAAAAGAUAAUCCUGAUAUUAAGCUUGUUGAUUCCGAAUCUAAUGACACCCAUUCAGUGGUAGAUGAGCCUGAUCGGGGCACAAAGGAAGAAGAGGCUGACAUGAUUAAUUUAUCUCAAGUGGACCGAGGGGAAAGUGAGACUAUCAAGGUGAAUGCACAGCAUGUGGACACAAGGGGAGAAGAGACUGGCACAGUGAAUGAAGAGCAAGUGGACACAGGGAAAAAAGAGACCAGCACAGUGAAUGUACCACAAGUGGGCACAGAGGAAGAAGGGACUGGCACAAUGAAUGUACAACAAGUUGACACAGAGGAAGAAGAGACUGGCACAGUUUAUGUACCACAACUGGACACAGAGGAAGAAGAGACUGGCACAGUGAAUGUACCACGAGUUGACACAGAGGAAGAAGAGACUGGCACAGUGACUGUACCACGAGUGGAGAAAGAUGAAGAAGAGAACGAAAAUGUGAAUGUACCACGGGUGGACACAGAGAAAGAAGAGGACACAAAGGUGAACGUACCUCACGUUGACAGAGAUAAAGAAGAUAUUGGUAUAGGUGUUGUGCCUCAAGAUGACAUACAUAAAGGACACUCUGACUUGGAGGAGCCACACUUAAAAGAUGUAAUAGGAGAAGAAACUGGCACAGUUAAAGUGCCAGGCUUAAGGGAUAUAUCUGAACCACCUUUCACAGUAAAGGGGGUAGAAACUGAGCAUAUCUCUCCCACAAAGAGCUUCACCCAAAACAUGGAUUUGUCUGUUUCUGGUACAACUGAUGUGAAUGAAGAAGGACAUGUUGCAGACCCCAAAAUUGAAGAGGAGACAGGAACUGAGAAUGUAGAUUCACAAACUACAAUGUCUGUUUCUAUGAUUGUAUCAUCCAUGGGGAAUGCUUUCCUUACAACCAAACAGUCUCUGGGUCCUGUUGCAGGAAUGUUAAUAUCUGCACUCCCUGAAGAUCUCAGACCUGGUGCGGAUUUCCAUGGUGUGCAAUGGGAAGUGGUCAUCUCAACUUUGUCAGUGGGCAUAAUCACUGUAUUCGUUUUCUUCUGGAGAACCUGCCUCUCCGUUAAAAGCCGAAUUUAUCAAGUGAAUGAAAAACAGCUUGCUGAGAAAAUAGCAAAUCUAAUGAAGGAAAAGAGCGAGGCUUUAGAGAAAAUAUCGGAGUAUGAGAAAAAGGUUAAAGAAACCAAAGAGUCUGAAACAUCUACACAGCAAAAGAGCACAGAUCUGUUAAAAGAAGCUAGAUCUCUUAAGGCAACAAUUAAAGAGUUGAAUGCUAACAACAAAACACUCGAUUCUAAAAUGAGGGACUUAAUGUCUGAGCUAGAUGGUCAAAAAGAAGAGAACAAGAAAAAACAGGAAAUGCUUUAUGAAGGGCACAAAACUGUAAAACGACUUGAAGAACAGUUUGAGCAACAUGCAGCUGAACUUUCAGAGUUCGAGAUUGCCUUAAAUGAGUCAAAAAUGAGAGAACAGAAGGUCCGAUCAGAUCUGCGCGGUGUGCAGGAGGAGAAUGCCAGACUGAAGGAAAGGAAGGAACAGCUGUUAAAAGAAGCAGAGGGUUGGAGUGAGCGACAGCGGGAGCUGGACGAACAGAUACAUCUGCAGCAGAAAUCUCACAAAGACAUGGAGGAAGCGCUGGCUUACAAGGAAAAUGAGAUAGAGGUUUUGACAAAUUGCAUUAUGCAGUUAAAACAGUUUGAAGAAGAUUCCACUGGGGAUGAAGGAAACUGGCAGGAAUCAGGAGAUGGGGAACUGGCGAAUGGAGAAGUUCCAGACACACGCAAGGAGAAAAUGAAGACGCAGAUCAAGCAAAUGAUGGAUGUUUCGAGGGUAAAAACCACUUUAUCUAUAAUUGAAGAAGAAAAAGAUCUUUACCAAAGAAAGCUGAGUGAUGAAAUUAGUGCACGACAUGAAUUGGAAGAACAAAUUAAACAACUUCAACACGACGGCAGCGCUUUGCACUCAGAAAAGACACAUCUGGACAACGAAUGCAAAACUCUGAGACAGAAAGUAGAGAUUCUCACUGAACUUUAUCAACAGAAGGAAAUGGCACUACAGAAAAAACUUACUCAGGAGGAAUAUGACCGUCAAGAAAAGGAGCAAAAGCUGUCUGUGGCCGAUGAGAAGGCCAUCCUCGCCAGCGAAGAAGUGAAAAUAUACAAACAGCGAAUUCAGGAAAUGGAAGAAGAAUUACAGAAAACCGAAAGGUCAUUUAAGAACCAGAUUGCUAGUCAUGAGAAAAAAGCACACGAAAAUUGGCUCGUUGCACGGACGGCAGAAAGAACUUUGGCUGAAGAGAAAAGGGAGUGUGCAAAUCUUAGGCAAAAAUUGAUUGAAGUAAACCAAAGAAUUGCAGCUCUGCAGAGACCUUCCAUAGUAAAACCCAAACCGGGCAGACCUGAUCAUCAGCCACCUGUGAGGAGAGGUGCUUUAAGCAGAGAUGGUUCCUUUGGUCCUUCGCCUGUGAGUGGUGGUGCACCUUCCCCUCCCAUGAUGAUUGAGGGACCAGGCCGAUCGGCAUCUGCUAACCUCAGCAGAACAGAAUCUCUCAAAGCCGACACUAGUGAAGUGGAUGCUCCUCCAACGUCCAGGCGCCCACCGCAUGAUAUGUCUGGCAGAACAUCUGCCCCAGUGGAGCUUGGUCACUCUGCUAAUGUUCUAAAUAGUGGCCCCAGGACAUCAUCACCCUCGAUGACUGUGGAUGGCAUGCCAAAUGCACCUAAGGAGCCUGAUGCCUUCAGUAGCUCUGCUAGUUCUCCACCUGAGGAAUCCAGAGAACUUAUGCCAGGAAGCAAAGGCCCACCUUCAUUUCCAGGAACUCCGGUAAUGAAUUCUCCAAUAUCACAGCCUCCUGGCCGUUUGAUUGGCCAGCCUCCUCCCAGAAUGCACUUUGGAGCUCGAUCACUGCCACCACAACAAAUGCAUGGUCCCCCACCAGCAAUGAGAGAAUUCCCCCCAAUGCCUUUGGUUCCUCCUGAUCCUAGGUGCUUUGUCCGUGGACCACUUGGUCCUAGAGAAUAUCUUCCAGGUCCAAGCCCAUUUCAUGGUCCUAGGGAUUUUCCCAUGCCACCUCCAGGUGUAAGAGAUUUCCCACCUGGACCUCUCCCACCAGGGGCUCGUGACUUCCCACCAGGGCCCCCACCUCCUGGGGCUCGUGACUUCCCACCAGGACCACCACCUCCUGGGGCUCGUGACUUCCAUCCAGUACCUCUACCCCCAGGUGCUCGAGACAUCCCACCAGGAGCACCACCAACAGUUCCUCGGGACUUCUUAACAAGACCACCAACUCCAGGUGCUCGGGACUUCCCCCCUGGAGUCAGAGAGUUCUUACCAGGACCUAGAGAGAAUCGACCAGGACUUCCACCUCCAGGAGCAAGGGACUUCCCACCAGGAUUACCCCCAUCUGGAGCAAGAGAAUAUUUACCAGGCCCACCUCAUCCUGGAGGUAGGGAAUUUCGAGCUGGGCCCCCUCCAUCUGUUUCUAGGGAAAACUUAUCAGGCCAUUUCCCUCCUCCUGGGGCAAGAGACUUCAUGCAAGGUCCCCCACCAGGGGGUGUGAGGCAUUUUCCACCAGGAUAUCAUCCUGGAUCCCUUCAAGGUCCUUCAGGACCAGAGCAGCGAUUUGUCCCACCAGGAUCCCAACAACCCACACAGACAGACAAUGAACCUAUUGAUAAUCAAAAAGUUUAGGAUAGUUGCAAAAAGAAAAAAAAUGGGACAUAUUUAUCUUUGUGCAGUGGAGAAAAAAAAAAGCCUUCAGUUGUUUCAAAAUGGAUAAAACGUUACUGGUUUACAUUCAUUUCCGACUUUUUUUUUUUUUUUACAUGUCUUUAUUGCAAUAAAUAUUUUAUCUUCAAUCCCCUCCAUAGUAAUUUUAAUGGGUAAUUAUUAAUUGAAAUGAAAAUUUGCUUCAUAGGUAUUCAGGCCUUCUGAAACCCAGAUCAUUUUGCAAUUUGGAAAAGUGCAAUACAGAAAUGAUUGUUUGGAGGGGAUUUUUUUGUUUUGUUUUUGUUUUUUAUUUAAAAUAGUGUGAGUAACCAUUAUUUGUUUAAAAAAAAAAUGAAUGUUCUAAAUCUUUGAAAACAUUUCCUGUGGAAAUACAUUUUAUAAGAAUAACAUUAUUCUGAUUGCUUUUCCACACCCAGCUAGCGUAACAUGUUAUAUACCACUGGUUUACAUAGAAUAAAGAAUUGUUUUUAAACAUCUGGUACUAAAGAAAACAGGAUACAUAACCCUGUUGCAGAAUAGUAAUUAUAAUAAAGUAUGGAAAAUCUG